GCCAACUCGUGACAGGAGAGAUCAUAGACUGAACUAUGAGACGAUCCCAUCAGCUGCUGUCUCACUGUGAGAGAUGUCUGUGUGUUGGAUCCAAAUGAUCUCACCUCUCAUCAUCUGCACUGUUUCUCUGCUAUGUACUGCAGGUGAAGCAUUGACUACUGUAGUCCAACAGACCCCAGGCUUACUGGUGGAGAGGGGUCACUCUGCUCAGAUGGACUGCAGUCACAGCAUGAAUUGGUAUGACAUGUACUGGUUUCAGCAGUUACCAGGGGAGAGUAUGAAGGUGAUCGUCCACACGGUGCCUUUCAAGCAGCCUGACUUUGGGAACUUUAGCCAGGACAAAUACUCAGCCAACAAGACUGUGGCUAAGAGCGGAUCUUUCACAGUGAAACAUGUGGAACCAGGUGACAACGGAGUGUAUUUCUGUUUUGUUACGGAGAGAAAUAAAGAAAAGCCGGUUGGGGGGAAGGAAAGACACAACGAGCAAAGAGAAUUCAGGUUUUUGUGUCAUGCUUCUUCACUGUGGAACUCAAAUCCGGAUUGGGUUGGUAAUGAACCUGUCUUUGGAUAUGGAACUAAACUCACUGUUCUGGAUUCAAACCGUUCUAUCACCCCGCCAACAGUGACGGUGCUUCGACCUUCACAAAACGAGUGUCGAAACAACAAAGACGAGAAAAGGAGGAAGACCUUGGUGUGCGUGGCCUCUCGUUUCUACCCGGACCACGUGAGUGUGUUCUGGCAGAUCGACGCGGUAAAUGUGGAAACGGAUGGCGUGGCGACCGACAACGCUGCCCUGUGGGAAGGUGAACAUUACAGCAUCACCAGCAGGCUGAGGGUCCCGCUCAGGGAGUGGUUCACACCAGGCAAGAAGUUCACCUGCACCGUCAGCUUCUUCAACGGGAACGAGACCGUGCACCGUUCAGACUGGGUCGAAGGCGUUGAAGGACCAGGAGCUGGAGCGAUAAGAGAGAAAUAUUUGAGGAUCACGCACACUGCCAAGCUGUCCUACGUUGUUUUGAUCUUCAAGAGCAGCGUCUUCGGAGUCUUUGUGGUGUUUCUGGCGUGGAGGCUUCAGAGUCGUCUGGAAAACAGCGGGACUGAGAGCUGAGCUGCACAAAGCAGCUGAUUCUCCUGAUUUCUGUGAAUAGAGAUUAUAAAGUGUGCAUGCUGAAGUGCAUUUUGCUUUCAAAUCAGUUACUCACAUUCUGCACAAAUUAGAGCAACUUGCUUGACUUAAAAAGUAGGGCUGUUAAAAUGAAAGUGAUAAUUGUUAAUGCAAAUUAGUUUUAACGCCACUGAUUUCUUUAACGUAUUAAUGUAACUUUUGACUUUUAGGUUGUAGUGGGCUCAGU